UUUUCUCAUUUUUCGUUUUCCCUCUCAAAUACAGUUCUCCACCUUUCCCUUCUCCACUGGCCCAUUUUUCCAUUUCCCAAUAUUCCCUAUUCUUCUUCCUUUCUAGGGUUUCCAUUUUCCAAUCUUCUCUCUCUCUCUCUCUCUCUAAAAAUGGCGGCGGCGGCGUUGCUUACGGAAGGUGCGAUGGCGAAGAUGUGCAGCGACGAGUUCGCGAAGGAAGAGGGGUGGAAGCCGGUGGUGCAGGUGACAGACGUGAAGAAGAUCCAAGCCGACAAGGAGAGGUACAGAGUUAUCAUCUCCGACGGCCGACACCAACUGCAAGGCAUGAUCAACCUUAGUCUCAACAAUCUCAUCAGGGAGGGCAAGCUCCAGUCCGGCUCCAUCAUCCGAUUGACUGAUUUCGUCUGCUCUCCUGUCCAAACCCGGCAGGUGGUUGUUAUAGUUAACCUAGAGUUGAUACGUGAAACAUGUGAGAUAAUUGGUCAGCCUGUAACUGCACCAAAGGCAGGGACUUCACCGUUCUCUGGAUCUGUAAAUGGAAAUUCCCAACCUGUGGGUGGCAGUACACCUUCUGCGGAUGCAGCUAAUGAAGCUGCAGUUGGGAUGUCUGGAAUACACCCUGGAGUGAAUAGACCACAUGGUAGUACUUAUUCCAGUAAUUUAAGCUAUGGAUCAGCAAAUACAACUUCCACGUUUCCCAAGUCAGUUAGCGGGUCAUACAACUACACAGGAACUGCAAAUCCAGCUCCAGUUAGUGGGUCAUAUGGAAAUCAGAACUUAGGUUUCCGCAACUCUAGACCCGAGGUUUCAAGGCCACCUCCAAAUUCUUAUGGCCGCACACCUCAGCCAGCAUAUCAACAGCCACCUCCAAUGUAUGGUAACAGAGGACCAGUAGUGAAAACUGAAGCUUCUGCAAGGAUAAUACCAAUUGCUGCACUCAAUCCCUACCAGGGCAGAUGGACAAUCAAAGCUAGAGUGACAGCAAAGGGGGAUCUUAGGCACUACAACAAUCCUCGGGGUGAAGGGAAGGUAUUCUCUUUUGAUCUGCUUGAUUCUGAGGGUGGAGAAAUACGGGCAACAUGCUUUAAUGCUGUGGCUGAUCAGUUUUACAGCCAGAUUGAAGUUGAUAAAAUUUAUAUGAUAUCAAGGGGUAGUUUGAAACCAGCUCGAAAGAAUUUUAACCAUCUUCGUAAUGAUCAGGAGAUUUUUCUGGAGAGCACAUCAGUAAUACAGCCAUGUUUUGAGGAUGAUAACUCGAUUCCACAUCAGCAAUUUCAUUUCUGUCCCAUAACUGAUGUUGAGGGCAUGGAGAACAACGGUGUUAUUGAUUUAAUUGGCAUUGUCUCAUAUAUUAGUCCAGCGGGUUCCAUAAUGAGAAAAAAUGGUACAGAGACACAGAAGAGGACGCUCCAGCUGAGAGACAUGUCUGGCUGCAGUGUUGAAUUUUCUCUCUGGGGAAGUUUUUGCAAUGAAGAAGGGCAAACGCUGCAAAAUAUGUGUGAUUCAGGAGUAUUCCCUGUUCUGGCUGUGAAAUCUGGUAGAAUCAAUGAUUUCAAUGGUAAAUCAGUAGGUACAAUUUCUUCAAGUCAGCUACUCAUAGAGCCAGAUUUUCCUGAGGCUCGCAAGCUGAAAGAAUGGUUUGCCACAAUAGGGAGGAAUACACCAUCUGUUUCUAUUUCCAAGGAAACAGGAAGUGUAGGCAAAGCAGAUAUCCGAAAGACCAUAUCCCAAAUCAAAGAUGAGAAGCUGGGGACUUCUGACAAACCAGAUUGGAUAACAGUUUGUGCAACAAUUACAUUCAUUAAGGUCGAUAAUUUCUGCUACACAGCAUGCCCAGAAAAGAUUGGAGAUCGACAAUGCAACAAAAAGGUCACAAAUAAUGGAGAUGGGAAAUGGCGGUGUGAUAGAUGUGAUAAGUCAGUUGAAGAAUGUGAAUACCGCUAUAUACUCCAGUUACAGAUACAAGACCAUACUGGCUUGACGUGGGUAACUGCAUUUCAGGAGGGUGGUGAGGAAAUAAUGGGCGUCUCUGCUAAAAGCUUGUAUUACUUGAAAUAUGAAGAACAUGAUGAUGAGAAAUUUGCUGAAAUAAUUCGAAAGGUUCUAUUUACCAAAUUCAUAUUCAAGUUGAAAGUAAAGGAGGAAACAUAUAGUGAUGAACAACGAGUGAAGUCGACCGUGGUCAAAGCAGACAAGGUGAGUUACUCAUCUGAGUCCAGAUUUCUUCUGGAUUUGAUGGAAAAAUUGAGAAGAGAAGAUUCUGGCUCUGCUUCAAAGGUUGAAAGUACCAUUUCCAACCAUGGAAUUGAUACUCCUGGAGUCACCAACAUUGCAAAUAGACAACAACCUACACCAGUUGAUUUCGGUAACACUGCCAAUGCUGGCAGAGACUUUGGCGCCCCAGCAAAUCGAGUGGGGCAGUACGGAAAUCAGUAUAGUGGCUCUAGGUUUUCUGCAACUGCCUCUUCUGGCAUGCAUAUGAGCUGCAAUAGUUGUGGGGCUACUGGCCAUAGCUCUAUGAACUGCCCGAGUAUAGUGAAUAGUCCAGGACAGUCCCACGGAGGAAUCUAUGACAAUAGGGCAUUUUCUGGUCCAAAUGCUGGUAAUGCCUCCGGAGAAUGUUUUAAAUGCCAUCAACCUGGGCAUUGGGCAAGAGACUGCCCGAGUACAGUGAAUAGUCCAGGACAGUCCCAUGGAGGAAUCUAUGACAAUAGGGCAUUUUCUGGUCCGAAUGCUGGUAAUGCCUCCGGAGAGUGUUUUAAAUGCCAUCAACCUGGGCAUUGGGCAAGAGACUGUCCAGGGUCGAGUGAUAUUCCUCCAUCUUACGGAAGCAGUGGUGUUGUCCCCGGGAGAUAUGGAGGUGCAAGACAACAAGUCGGUGGCUAUUGAGGUCAGUUGAAAAGAACAUUGUAUAAACGGAUACAUAAUUCCCCUACAUCAGUGUUAGAUAUUUAGUUGCUCUUUUGAAGUCAAGGUUGCUGAGUUUCCCUUCUUGGGAAAUACGACCUGUUUUCCUCUUGCAAUGUAGGUUGGAAACUUUUGAUGCAGGUUUUGCCUACGGAUUUAGGCUUUUGGGAGUACAGUAGAGUAUUGCGACUGGUUUUCUUAACCGUGUAAUACGUGGUUUCCGGGUUUUUUUGUAUCUAAGUUUGUGGUUAAGUUAAAUGCAAUCGUUCAUGUUCAUUUGUUUCUGUUGGAAAAGCCUCGUGCUUUUGAAUGGUAUUUCCCUAGCCAGGGAAUUCGUUUGUUUUUAUCGUUUCUACAUAUGUACACUGAACGGUUCACCGACCUCCAUUUCUUAUGAUUAGGACAGUAACAAAACUCCUGUUUUUGCAA